AAUAUAUCAAGUCGAGGGUCUGUGGGCGUGUUGACAAACAGGAGCUGGUCCAGUCACCUCCCGCUUGUGAACGUCUUCUGCCUUGUUAUAUCUCUCACACAAGCCAUCAUGCCGGCUGAAAACCUUGAGGAACAGGGUCUGGAGAAGAACCCAGAUCUCAACUUGGCGCAGAUCAAGUUCAAACUGAUGAUGAGUGACUUUAAGAAUGACUCCAAGAUGAAAGCGGAGCUGUUGGAAGGCAUCGAGAAAGACAACAUGGCACCAUUCUACGAGGAAUGUAGCCGUGAUUUAGGCUGGCAGCUUGACAGUGCCAUGCUUGAUAAAAUGAAGAAGAAAAACGAGGCAGAGCUGCGCAAAAUGAAUGAAGCUAUUGAGGAAGCAGAGAAGUCCAUGGGAGAGACAGAGAUUCGAGAGGCAAACUUGAAGAAAGCUGAAUAUCUUUCACGCAUUGGAGACAAGGAGGAAGCAGUAAAAGCUUUUGCUAAAACCUACGAUAAAACAGUGUCUCUUGGGCAGCGUCUGGAUCUUGUGUUUCAUAACAUUCGUCUCGGUCUUUUCUAUCUCGACCACUCGCUUAUUACAAGAAAUUUAGAAAAGGCUAAAAGCCUAAUUGAAGAGGGAGGAGAUUGGGACCGCCGCAAUCGGCUAAAAGUAUAUGAAGGCGUUUACUGCAUGGCUGUCCGAGACUUCAAAAAGGCGGCCAACCUCUUUUUAGAUACUAUCAGCACUUUCACCUCUUAUGAGUUGAUGGACUAUACUAGAUUUGUAGGUUACACCGUGUUGGUGUGCAUGAUUGCCCUUCCCCGUAAUGACCUUAGAACCAAAGUUGUGAAAGGUUCAGAAAUUCAGGAGGUCCUUCACUCGGCUGAGGAUCUCAAAACUUACCUACUGUCAUUGUAUGAGUGUCAGUACCAUACAUUCUUCCAGAAGCUCUCCUGGGUUGAAGGCGAGUUGCGUCAUGACCGACUCCUAGCACCCCACUACAGAUACUACGUGAGAGAGAUGAGAAUUCUGGCAUAUACACAGCUGCUUGAAUCUUACCGCUCUCUCACACUUCAUUAUAUGGCUACAGCAUUUGGAGUUUCCAAUGAAUUCAUCGAUCGGGAAUUAUCACGAUACAUUGCUGCUGGUCGUCUUCACUGCAAGAUAGACAAAGUUGGCGGCAUUGUUGAGACCAAUCGCCCAGACUCAAAGAACUGGCAGUAUCAGGCUGUUAUAAAACAUGGUGAUAUUCUUUUGAAUAGAGUUCAGAAGUUGUCAAGGGUUAUAAAUAUCUAGUUCCUGGGAAUUAUAUUUGAAUUUAUUUUUUAUGGCAAACCAUUUUUCUAAAAGCUUGUAAUACAUUUAGUCAUAUUAAAAUGUAAAUUAAUGAGCUUGGUCUGUUUAUUUGAAUUUCCCGUCUUAAGUGUUCUUAUUGCUGUACUAUUUUGUGUGAAGAUAAUAUUCAUUAAUUUGUAAAUGCCAUGUCUAAUUGAAAUAUUUUCCAAAUGUAACAUUUCUGUAAUGGAACUUUGUUACACUUUAUCCAUAUUCAAUUUGUUGUAAUAUUUAUUAAUAAUUUUUGUAUAAAAGUAAUAAAUUAAAAA